AUGCUGUCGAGAGAUAUCGAGGAUUGGAAAAAGGAGAACAGAAAACUCAAGAAGGCUCUGGCCAUGCACCAUGCCAGAGUUGCUGGCGAUGCUGAUAAAAGACAAAAGGCACUUCUACAACUCGAGAGGGACAUCGAGGAGAAAAAGAAAUGCGCCGAAAGCAACAUUGAAGUUUUGGAUGAGAUCAAAACUUUGCUCGAAGACGCUCUGUCUACGACCAAGGAGAUGGCGCUAGUUCUUCACAAGGAGAGACGAGGCCGUGGUGACCCUUCGCAAAUUGAAGAACAUCAGGAACCCCGAUCACCGAGGAAGACCGAAAUCCAAGGCUAUCAAGCAGAGAUCCCAGGUGACAGCGAAGUAUUGCUGAAAUACCUCGACUACAUUGAGCGAUCCUUGAGCAGAUGGGCAGACGCUGUGCCUAGCGUGAGAAUGCCCCCUGGAGAACGACCAUUCGGCUAUAUGAUGACC